AUGGCAGAUGGCCUUCUACACAUUUUCCGGGAGGGUAAGGGCUAUGCAGCAAUCUUUGUUUCACAUCAGUGGGCUGGAAACGGUCACCCUGAUCCCGACUUCGAGCAGUUUCAGGUCUUGCAGGCCUUUCUCUCCAAGCUCAUCAGUCGUCAAAUCACGUCGAUUUCCGGGAACAUCUUGGCCGAGCUGUACCUCGACAAGCCGAAGAUUCCUGCCAAGGAGCUGCAAUCCUUCGAGCUGUCAGUUUGGUAUGACUGGUUCAGUGUUCCGCAGGCGAAGGAGGCCGUCGCGGCAAGGACAUUGGCAAUCCAGAGCAUCCCGCGCUACGUGGAGACUUGUCAUUAUUUCGUCAUGCUUUGCCCUCUGGUGAAGCACCAGCAGGAAGGUACGAUCAUGGGAAAGCGCUCCUACAUCUCCCGUGGAUGGUGUCGUUUGGAACUGGCAGCUCGCAUUCUGAGUGAGCGGGAGUCUGCAACCUCCACCAUUGAAGUGCACACGUCCAACCACCAAGUGUGUUCGCCAAUUGGUGAUUGGAUAUUGAAGGCAGUCGGUGAGGGAAGUUUUUCAGUUUCUCAAGACUUGCAUCAUUGCGCUGCAGUGGUGACCGGCAUGAUCGACAGGAAGUUGGAGCAUUUUCUAAAGAAGGACGACCUCCACAGCUUUCGGGUUCUCUUUAAUCUCCGCAGUGUCAUCUACAGGAGCUUGCCAGCUGUCCCAUCCGCCACCGUCGUGCCGGGAUUUCAGUCUUCGGAAACGGAUCCGGCGAAACACAGUCUAGAGUUGUUCUUACACCAGAAUGGCCUGACAAGCGUUUGUGAUCCUUGUCCGAACGGAUGGACACCACUCUGCUACGCGGUUCUGGGAGGCAGCCCCUUGUUGGUAAGCGCGCUCUUGGAAGCGAGAGCGAACCCUCAUGAUUGCUUGAAGAAGACCAAGGCAACCCUUUUGCCAAACGUUGCAGGCAUCACAGUGCUGCAAGCCUGUAUCUACCUCCGUCACAACGAGGCCGCGAAAGUUUUGAUAUCGUUCAAGGCGAAUGUGAACGCGAAGGACAGUAACGGAGCAGAGGCCAUUCAUUGGGCCUCUUCUUCGAACAAUGUGGAUGCCAUUGGCUUGCUGUGCUCCUUGGGCAGUAGCCCCAUAAAGGCCGUGAGCACGGGUCACUUGCCCUUCGCCAUUGCAAGUGCGACAGACAGCCUCGAAACUCUCCGAGAAUUGCUUCCACGCACCACACAGGAGUCUGUUCGUUCAGGCUUGCAUUCUGUGUUCUUCUUUGGAGGCACUUCGGGGAAGAUUGUGGCGACGUUGAUCAAUGCCGGGGCAGAUGUGAAUGUCCCAAUGUGCACUUCCUGUAUGAGUACCUUGGGUUUGAUCCUCCGGUUUUUCGCCCUCCGGCACCGGUGGUCCAAGACAGCCCUGAGCACUUUCGCUUACCAUCACCAAGGAGCAACUCCGCUCAUGUGCAGCCUGCUUACAUGUUCUUUCGAGGCAGCUGCGGUUCUUCUUCUUGCCGAUGCCAAGAAGGAGCCGAAGAACGCGCGUGGGAAGACUGCUUCUGAUUUUGCAGAGAAGAUGUGUGCCCCGACCUACAUCCAUAAAGCUCUUCAGGGAGACCUGUCUGAGUGUGAGUCCCUGGACAAUGUCGAAGUGAUGUCCGAACGGCCGCUUGAAUAUCAGGAAGGCUGGAUCCACCUGCCAAGCACUAGCCUCCAGAUUGCCGAGCAUCAGCUCGGCGACCGGCUUGCCGGGCGCGUGGACGUGCCGGACCAUCCGGUCAUGAACCUCGUGAGGAAACUCCCUCCUUGGGCAGGUCACCCGCUCCCGGAUUGGAUGCCAGCCUCCGUCUGCGAGCUGCACACCGGCAAGGUCGGCGGCAUCGUCCGAGGUGGCCGCUUCCUGCUCCAACGGCCAAACGGUGCCGUACCUGAGCGCUUGGCUCUUGAGGCCAAGAUGCUGCAAACACGCAAGGACCGCCCGGGAUUUGCCGGCAAAGGAUAUCCCGCAGCAUUGCAGUUGUGCGCUGUGCCACUGCUGAGACCGGCGCCGGUCCACAGCUCUGGCUGCUGCUCUUGGACUCGGCUUCGCCAUGACAACCGGUGUUGCGAUACACGUCCGAGAGUGGCUGCGCGGAAAGUCCGAGCUCGGGAAGAAGACGUGGCCUCAGCUGGGCGUCUGGCUUCUCUACGUGCCCGUGCUGGUGACGCCGGCGCCGCCCUCGGUCCUUGCGGGAUUUCUCACUUCAGAACGAUACGAAAGAGGGGUCGGAGCAACUAUUUGUCCCAUGAUUUGGUUCAUGCUCGUGCCGCAUGCCUGGAACGAUUGCUGCGGUAUCCCGCAGAGCGACAGCUGUAUGGAACCACUCUGUUUUGGUGGUCCAUGUUCUCAGACAUUGACGCGGUGUCUUUUGAAGUAUCCCUGCUUAGAGAGGGGAUGGCCCGGCAUUUGAAGCUCUUCAUCGCUGCCUUGCUCGGCCUCUGCGUCCUCGGCCUGUGCCUGUUUCAGGCGCUGCGGCCGACCGACGACAAGACGCGGCGGUCAGAGGACCAGAAAGGGAACUGCGAGCUCCUGAAAGGAAACGGAACUGAAGACGCUUCCUGCAAAAACUUCGGUGGAUGCCAUCUCUUCUGCCCAGGCAAUGAGUGUCAAUGCACCUCUCAAUGCCUCAAUAUCGGCAACUGCUGCGAUGACUAUGCUGACACGUGCUUGGCGAGGGACGCAGCACACGCAGAGUUAGUAAAGCUCGAAGAUGAGAUCCAUCACCUGGAGCAUGGGAAAGGCAUCGCCGGAUCCGAAUGGAUUCUUGGUUUGGUGAUGGUUUUCUUCAUCGUGACGAUGAUGGUGCUCGUCUGCAUGUCACGCGCUACAGAUCGAAGGAAACUGAUGGUCGAGGAGAUGAGCUGCAAAACCACCUCCGUCUUCGCAGCGAACACCUUCAGCGUGGCGCUCCAUGGGGUCUUGAUCGAGCAGAUCGUGAUGGGUAAGAACUGGGGCCUGCAGCUUCCAGCUGGGCCGAUUCGGCUCGCGCAGAUCUAUGGCGUCGUCGCCGUCCUCUUCUUUGUGCUCUCAAAUUAUCUGGUUUACAGGUUCAAGGACACGAGGGAGCGCUUCUUUGCCAUCUGCCAGCUGUCAAGCCACAUGAUCGCCUUCACCCUUGUGAGAGCGCUGGGCUCCUUGCAGUGGAGCGUCAGGGACAGUCCAUGGAAGUGCGCCUUAGUCCUUCCCUGGGCUGCCGUUCUUCUUAGAGGUUCUGUCUUCAUCGGGGAGCGCCUGCGCAGGCAGUACAUCACAAGACCUCAGGAAGUGCAGUGGGAGUACCGGAAAUCCGGCAACCACUGGCGAAGGUUUCCGUUUGAGAUCAGCCAGCAGAUCGAAGCUCAGUGGAGCCGCAGGAGCACGGAUGGGUCGGACACGGAAGACAGUGACCAAACUGGCCAAAGUGGGCUUGUGUCACAUGCAUCUGGAGAGGGCUCCACGAUCGACAAGAGCCACCUGGUCAUUGACUUCGACCCUGAUGACCCAGAUGCAACGACCGGAAAGCCACCUGCAUUCCAAGUGCGCCUUCCGGACACUGAUGUGUUGUUUGCGGAUCCCUGUGGGCUGAUGUUCCGGACCGGUGAGGAAGAAGAGUGGAAAGUGAGAUGGCAGUGCCAAUGGCACCACUUCGCCGAAGAGGCUUUCCUCGACGGGGCUGGCCUUGUCAUGGGCUUCAUCAUGAUGCAG